AGUCAGUGGGGGUUGGCACUACAACAACAACAAAAAAUCCGAAAGCUCGCCAGCACCCGACCGAUCGACCGAGCGACCAGCUGGACCGCUUUGCCGGAUGGACGUGAAAUGCCAGUCUGUUGUUGCGCUCGGGCGUAGAAAGUGGUCUCCGGCUGCGCUUUAUCAUCACAAAACAGAACAGUGACCGUUGCCGUUGCUGUUCGGUGUGUUCGCCAGUGUUUUACCGAGGGUGGCCAAAACAUAGCACCCGGUCCAAGGCGAAAAGUAAACGCAAAGGGUGGCCCAAGCCGUAACGGUGGCGUAAUUUUCCAACUUUGUGUGUACGUGCAUCGGUGGUAACAACAACAUAGAUACGAGUGUGUGUGUGUGUGACUUAUUCUGUGCGUGUGUGUGUGAUUGUGCCCUGUAACCAUCCUUGGAAGCGAGUGUUCCCGACAAACAGUCCUCCAAAUGAUUCCACAUCGAACUGUACGGCUGCAUCGAUUGCAGCGAGCAGGAAGCGUUUGGAACGGCCAACGGUCGGUGACCAAGUUUGGUGGUGCAGUGCUGGCGGUGGUGCUACUGUGUGCCGCCACCGUGAUCGGCAGGGCUGAGGGAUACAAUGCGUCCGCGGGCAGCAAGCCGGAAGACAUGCCGAGCAGCGCAGAAGGCGAGCAACUGAUGCCACAGGCACUCUCGCUAACGACACUGCUCUCGGAGGAUCCAACGGCGGCAGCGCUGCAGCACCAGCCCGGCCAAACCGAUGCAUCCCUGCAGCCCCUGGCCGAGCACGGCCCGUCGGCACCAUCCAGCUCACCGCCCGACGGACGACGGCGACGUCGGCUGGGCAGAAAGCGCAAACGUCGCCCACUGCAGGACGACUACUGGCCGCCGGCCGCACCGGAAGAUAACGAUACCGAAUCGAACGUGUUUUCCUCCCCGACGGCAGCGGCGGCCGGGACGCGCGGAUCCGAACGGAAGCGUCUGCCAGCACGGUGGGAAGAGGCGGGACAGCAGCAGAAGGUGCCACCGUCCUCCUUUCGGCAGGGUGUUCGCACGAAUGGCAACUGGAAUCAUCACCAGCAGCAGCAGCAGCGCGCCGGCGACUGGAUGCACAAUCCCUACACGGAUGCGGUAAAUGUGGAGCAACCGGCGGCGGCGAUGGCGGCGAUACCUGCAAGACGACUCCCCGGGGGACAAUCGACAGCGGCGGCAUCGGCCGGCGGGAAUUUGCCACCUAUGGAUGCGAAUAGGUCUCGGCGAAUUGCCGGCGGCCGGCCGACCGAGCAGCCACCGACCAAUGGGAAAGCGUACCGGAAACCCUACUCGCAGGCCCGGCGCACCGAGGAGGAACACGGCGAUGGUGGUGGUUCAGGCGAGACGGCCGGCAAGCUUCCUGCGUCGGCGGCCGAUCUGAAGGCCCUGCUGAAGCAGUCGGACGGGCUCAGUCUGAGCGAAAUACUGCAGCAGCGCAACAUUUCCCUGCAGGAUCUUAUCAAGGGCAAGCAGAUGGCACUGGCCGCCCUGACCCAGAGCCCGCUGGAGGCGACCACAACGACGAUGCCGUCGACGGCGGGCGAAACCGACCCGGCGUCGACCCUCUCGCCGACACUUUCGAGCGUACGGUUUCGCGUGUACGACGAUGAUGGCGUUACCGGGCGACCGUCGCAGCCGGGCGGCGAAACCACCACCGGCGCGAUAAUGACGAGCCCAACGACGAGUACGGUGUUACCAGCACCGGCUAGCGAUAUGCUAACGACGUCCGGCUUCAAUGGUCAUCCGCUGGAGGACGACGAAUCGAGCAAUGCGGUUGGCGAUGAUAACAACGGCCAGAACGGUGGUGGUGGUGUGGGCAACAUUUUCCCAACGGUGGAAAUCAAACAGCUCGCCCUCAACCCGGUCCUGCCCGUGCACAAGGAGGAGCAGCAGCGCGUGCGACCGAUAAAGGGUGUCGCCUCGCGGAUACGGCCCGACCUGAGCAACACGCACAUCCGCACCGAACCGGGGCUAUCCACACCAUCGACGAGCGGGCUCACGAGCCCAUCGCUGCUGCUGCUAACACCGACCACCCGGGAAAAGUGGACACCGUCGGCCGCCCUCGUCGGGCAGCGGGCCAAGCAGCAAACGAUCGGCAGCAAGCAGCGGCACCACGGUUACGGCACCACCCUACCGGCCAGCUUUAGCUCGUCCGGUUCGGCUGACCGGCUGACCGUGACGACGGUCGAGCCACCGACGGCGAAGAAGCUCGUUGCGCCCAAACUGAGCUCCAUCGAGGCCACCUCCAUCCUGCCGGAAGCGGAAGCAAUGGUGGAGCUGUCGCCCGAUCGGCCCCUUCAGCAGCAUUUGCUCCGCGUACCGAAACUGAAGCCCCGGAUCGCCAUCAAACCGAAGCUUACGAACGUGGUACCGCCGACGCUGCCCGCCGAGCCGAACGGGGGAACGUUGGUGUCAUCGCCGUCAUCACCACCACCCGACAAGCGGCCACCGUCGACGAAAGAUCCACUCGACCUGUCCGACGUCGAGCUGGAAGAUGACAGUACUGGGGACCGAGGGACAGUGGCUACAACUGACCCGCCGACCGGCAAACGGCAACCGCCAACCCGCCAGCACCGGCUGCACGACGACCUGGAGGACGAAGGGGAAGAAGAGCCGCGGCUGAACAUCAUUGAGAAAUUCACCUCGUUUGCUGAUUCGUCCGCCGGUGUGCGGCCGCACGCCGCAGCGCAGGACGAGCGCGACUCCGAGCAGGAGGCGGCGGUGGCCGAUUUGAUCGGCCGCAUUAGCGAGCACACGCAGCGCUCGUUCACCGACAGCCUGGAGGAGCUGUACCGCGACGUGACGGAGAGCAAUCCGUCCCUGUUUAACGACCUCUCGCCGAUCACCAGCGCGGACGAGCGGCGCGAGCUGCUCGAGCUGAUGGAGGACCGGCGGAUCGGGUCGCGGCUAGCGAAGGUGCUGUCCCAGCGCAACAUGACGCUCGACCAGCUGCUCGAGCACCGGCGCCGCGGUUCCAGCCAGCUCCAUCUGGCGGAGAUUGCGAACGGCAAGGUGAAGCCGAUCGACGACAAGAUCGACAUCGUGACGGCGUUCGAGCACUUUCCGCGCUUCAACAUUGGCAAUCUGCGCAGCAUCCGGCCCGACGACAUCAAGCACGAUUCGCAGGGCUUCAGCUACUUCACCUCCAUCAUAAACAUCCGCCCGUCGGACGAGGGCUACAGCAAGGAGGGACGGGCACUGCAGCAGGACCGGCACCGGUCGCGGGCCGCCGGCAGCAACCACCAGCACCACCAUCGCAGUGAGUCGCAUUUUUUAGUGAAGGGCGGAUCGAAGGAUAGGCUGCUCGUGCCUUCGAGAAUGUCCGCCGCAAUGGAACACGCGCACGGCAGCAAUGGUGAGCAGCAGCGUGGGGAUGCCGGCACCGGGGACGACCGGAUGGAUGUGGACGGCGAUCUGCUCGAUCUGGAGCUGUCCGGGCACGGGUUUCAGCACCACCGGGGCUCGGUAACGAUCGAAAGACCGUCGAUGCCGGUCGGCGUCCGGUCGGCGAUCGUGGCCAGCUCGGCCAUCGUGGGCGUCUCGCUGCUGAUCUUUGUGGCCAUCUUUGUGGCGUGUCGGGUGCGGCAGCGCCGGCGCCAGAAGCUCAACUACACGGAACACUUUCACAUGGCCAAGGGUCGGCUGCCGAUACUGCAUGGCGGUGUGGAACAAGAGCAGCAGCAGCAGCAGCAGGCCCGCAACAGCUGCACACCGGCCGGUUCGGGCCGGUCGAGCAGUUUGGGCGAGCAGCAGGUCGUCUACACGACACAUCGUGCCCUGGCGGAACGAUCCGGCGCCACCGGUGGGGCUGGCACAACGUCCACAGCGGCAGCGGCGGGCCGGCAGCGCACCAUGAUGGAUCCGAACUCGGUCGAGAUACAGGACUACCUGUGGGACCGGAAGCCGUUCCAGUAGAGACGGGGCAUUUACGCUGUAAAUGUGGAAUGUAGACGGUUGUGAUAGCAGAUGCUCUUUUUAUCUGUUUGUGUAGAUUGGUCUUAUCACACCGAAUGAAACAAAAAAACACACAAAAAAGAAGGACAGCACCGAAACCGUAUCGAACUCUUAUUGGGGCGUACGAGAAGUAAGGAUGCAUUCCGGCGUGCUGUAUAAUGGGAAGACGUUCAGUUACUGAGUUUCAUGCUGUCCACUAAAAGUUGAUGCCCUCGUGCCCGAAACGGUACGGACGGUCAUCCAGUCCAUGCAGCCGUGGGGUUUGCAGCAGCAGCAUCAACCGCAGAUUGGCGACAUCUCGGGCACACGAUUGUCCAUGCGACAUGCGACUAAACUUCCCAGGAAUUGGUUUGUUAGAUAUGGUUACGAGCAAAAGGACCAACAAGGUCGGUUGUGGCCGUUCGUUGCGCGUAGAAAGGAGCAGAGCAGAAACGAACAACUGUAGACCAGAGUUUCCAGAGUGAUGUAUUAAAGAGACAAACAUAAUUAUCUACACAGUAGACUAGUAACGUGCGUACGUUGUUAAGACGAUUAGGGAGGAGAUGGAGCGGGAACGAAAUCUUGUAAGAUAGACAAAACCAAUGUGCAAUAUUAUGUUCGAAAGGAAGAAUAAUACAUUAAUUUAGAGCAGCGAUAGUGUAAAAACGACCCGCAAAACGACACCCGUCGGCGGUAGCGGACGUUUGUAGCCCGGUAGGGAAAUAAUUUAUAGAUUAAAACAACGAUCCCGUAUGUCCGUUUCUUUUAAGGAUAGGUUGGGAUGGUAGAAUAGGAGUUCGAGUUGCCCGACGCCCGCCUGAUUGAGCACCAAGGGGGAACACUAAGGGGGGGUGGGUUUAGCAAUCCGACUUAGCGUCGAUGGUGAAACCAAUCCGAAACUCUCUUAAAUUACAAUAAAUCUAAUUCAAAGGUAGUGG